GGGCGAGGAGAAGCGCGCCUCGCUCGACUGAGAGUUUCCGAGUUCAUCCUUCCCUGUACGCAAAGACCGGCUGGUGCUUUUCUCCUCCCGUUCGCUCUGACGGGCGGCGCGGGGAUUGCAGCCCGACGGCGAGAGUGCUGAAGACUGAGAAUAUAAUGAAGACAGAAAUAAAAAGAAACUCUCUCAAAGUGAAGUUUGCAAAAUAAGCGGGAAUUGCUUCACACACAAGCUGCAAUGGAAGAGAUUCCAGUUAAAGUAGCAGUAAGAAUAAGACCUCUACUCUCAAAAGAAGUGCUUCACAACCAUCAAGUAUGUGUGAGGUUAAUCCCGAAUACUCAGCAGAUUAUUAUCGGAAAGGACCGUGUUUUCACUUUUGAUUUUGUUUUUGGAAAACAUUCAACCCAAGAUGAAGUGUACACAACAUGUAUUAAGCCAUUGGUGGCAUCUUUGAUAGAAGGGUAUAAUGCUACCGUUUUUGCCUAUGGACAGACGGGCUCUGGAAAAACUUACACUAUUGGAGGAGGCCAUGUUGCAUCAGUUGCAGAAGAAGAGAGAGGUAUCAUUCCACGUGCAAUUGAGGAAAUAUUUCAGAUUAUUUCAGAAAACCAUAAUAUUGAUUUCACUGUGAAGGUUUCUUACAUCGAAGUCUACAAAGAGGAACUCAGAGAUCUCUUGGAACUAGAAACCUCUAUGAAAUAUCUGCAAAUUAGAGAAGACGAAAAGGGCAAUACAGUAAUUGUUGGUGCCAAAGACUGCCAGGUUGAAAAUGUGGAUGAAGUAAUGAGCUUGUUAGAAACGGGAAAUGCUGCUCGACAUACAGGCACAACCCAAAUGAAUGAGCAUUCUAGCCGAUCUCAUGCGGUUUUUACAAUCAGUAUUUGUCAACAACAACAACCUGGUCAGAUUCAGAAGGACACAGAUUCUGCACAAGAGUCACCUCAAAGUUCAAGCCAGCUGAUUGCUUCCAAGUUCCACUUUGUUGAUCUUGCCGGCUCUGAAAGAGUAACAAAAACUGGGAACACUGGUGAAAGGUUCAAAGAAUCAAUUCAGAUCAAUAGUGGCUUAUUGGCUCUGGGAAAUGUGAUAAGUGCGCUUGGAGACCCAAAGAGAAAAAGUGCGCAUAUUCCAUACAGGGAUGCAAAAAUUACACGUAUUCUUAAGGACUCCUUAGGAGGCAAUGCCAAGACUGUCAUGAUAACUUGUAUUAGCCCAUCAUCUUCAGAUUUUGAUGAAUCACUAAAUUCCAUCAAAUAUGCCAACAGAGCCAAAAAUAUUAGAAACAAACCUAUUGUCAACUACAACCCAGACUGGGACCUUAUUGAUGAAAUGGAGUUUGCCAUCAAGAUACUCCGUGAAACUGUGCAAAAUCAGCAGAUUAGUGGACAGGUCCCUGGCAGUCAAGGGUCACAGGAUUCGUUUCGGGACAGAAACAAAAUCCGCUCUCUUGAAGAGCAGCUUGCCCAGCUUCAGGUAGAAAGUUUUAACUACCGAAAUUGCAUGGAAGAAGCCUAUGUGUUCCUUGCUGAAUUAAAAAAUAUUGCCAGCCUAUCAAAAAGUCAACAGGAAAGAUUGCAAGAUUGGAUAUGUGUGGCUCAGGAACUCAGGAGAGAGGCUUCUUCAGUCAUUCCCCAGGUAAACUGUGGAAGUGGAGGUAACCAAGAAGGACCACAUCAUAUCACAAUUCUUCAGCUGAAGAGAGAGCUGAAGAAGUAUCAGCAGGCUCUUGCAACCGAUGCAGAAGUGUUUAGUGAGAGAGAGCUUGAGAUAAAAGUAUUGCAAGAUCAAAUACAGAAGCUGAUAAAGGAGAAUCAAGAAUAUAUGGAAUUGCUGAAGGAGGCCCAAGAGACAAAUAGGCUACAGAAUGAUAAAAUGGUGGAGCAGCAGCUUAUAAUUGACCAGCUAAAUGACAAGUUAGAGAAAAUGACAAAAGCCUCUGCCUCCAGUGGUGGUUGUGGAGAUGGACCAGCUGGUGUAAUAUCUUCAAAAAGACCAUACAGUGUUCCUCUAACUAAACGUUUGGUGCAAUCCUUUAAUGCUACAGUGGGGCUGGAUUCUCGAAAGGUACACACAAGCCCUCCAACAUACUCGCUUAACAGAGUAAUGGCUGGAUUUCGAACCCGUAGCCAAAUAGCAUUGGAUCAUGUGGAAGAACAAGAUGAAGUUCUUCAUUGCUGCUUUUCUGAUCACAGUGAUGAAGAUGAAAGAAAUCCCAGGAACAGAAAGAGAACCCUAUUUAGACGUUCCUUAAAUCGUACAUGGACACGAAAACAAGCUCCUCCCGGCUCUACACAUGAACCAAAAGAGAUGCAGCACAAUUCCAUUUCACAAAAUGAAAAUAUUUUACAGAUGGAAACUGAUACAGGUGCUGAUAUUGAAUGUAUUCAGAAAAGUCAAAUACUGAAUAUGCAGAAAUUGAAGAACUCAGAACUAAAGCUUAUUGCUGCUAAGCAAAAAAUGAGUGAACUGGCUCUUAAUAUUAGAAUGAAGGAAGAACUUAUUAAAGAGCUGGUGAAAACAGGUAAUGAUGCCCAAUCUGUAAGUAAGCAGUAUUCACUGAAAGUAACACAACUUGAGCAUGAAGCAGAGCAAGCCAAAAUGGAUUUAGCUGAAACACAAAAGCAACUGCAGGAGCUAGAGAACAAGGAACUACGAGACAUUGCUGAAAAAGCCAGGUUACAAAAAGAAUUUAGAAAGAAGAUGGAUACAGCAAAGCUAAAAGUACAGGACUUGCAAAGAAAACAGCAAGACACUAAGAAACUGGCAUCGCUGUCCACCCAGAAUGAGAAACGUGUAACUGAACUGGAGCAGAAUGUCAGUCACAUGAAAAAUCAACAAGCCCAGCUUCAGAAAAGAUUGCAAGAGGAGAGUGGAAAAAAGAAAAGCUUGGAGGCAGAAAUUCAGCAGGGCCAACUGCAGAUAAAGGAGCUCCAAAAAAAGACAGAGCAGCAGGAAAAGAUUCUAAAACUAAAAGAUGAAGAAAUUGCUGCAUUUAAGAGAAAAAACUCAUCUGAAACCACUCAGCAACUGCAGAUAUUAGAAGAGAAGAAGAAAUGGCUGGAUGAAGAGCUAGAGAAAGUUUUGCAUCAGCGGCAAGAGUUAAAAAAUUUGGAGGAAGAUUUAAAGAGAAGAGAAGUUAUCAUUUCCAAGAAAGAAAUGCUGACACAAGAGAAGAGCCAUUUGGAAAUUAAAAAACUGAGAUCCAGCCAGGCCCUCAAUAAAGACAGUUUAAGAUUAUCGACUCGUCUGAGUAUGCUGAAUCAGGAGUUGUGUGACAAAAAUAAGCAGCUUCAGAGCAGCAGCACUGAUGAGCAAGAAAAGAUUAUGGGAGAGAUCCAGGUUCUACAAAAGGAAAGGGAUCAGCUGUUGAACAGAAGGAAUAGCGUGGAUGAGAAACUGAAGAAUGGCCGAGUGUUGUCACCAGAAGAGGAACAUGUUUUAUUUCAGCUUGAAGAAGGGAUUGAAACCUUAGAAGCUGCCAUUGCUUACAAGAAUGAAAGUAUCCAGAACCAUCGGGACUCCAUCAGAGCCUCCUCUCAAAUUCUCACACAGAGUGAGGCCAAUGUGAUGGGAAAGUUGGUUUCCUUGUCUGCUACAGAGCUGAGAGCAAUUCUUUUAAAGUAUUUUAAUAAGGUUGUUGGUCUCCGUGAGACUGAACGCAGAUUGCAACUCCAGGCAGAAGAAAUGGGAAUGAGGGUAACAGAAAAAGAGAACAUAGUAAGAGAACUUGAAUCAGCACUUGAGCAUCUCAUGCUUCAGUGUGACAGGCGCCUGACCCUCCAACAGAAAGAACAUGAGCAAAAGAUGCAAUUAAUAUUGCUUCAUUGCAAAGAAGAAGAUGGGGAGAGUAUUGCAGAAACUUUUAAGACGUAUGAAACGAAAGUCCAACAACUGGAAAGAGACUUGUUCUUCUAUAAGAAAACUAGCCGUGAAUUAAAGAAGAAAUUAAAGGAACUGGUUGCAGAAUCAAUACACUAUCCUCUGACACAAAGUAAUUGUUCCAGUGAUGGGAUACUGAAUCGAGAAGAAGUAAUUACCUUGUCAGAAGAAUUCAAUCGGACAUCCACACCAACAGGAAAAUUAAAAGAGAUAAACUCCCCAAUGGGUGAUUUAGGAGCACAACAGAAUUCAUACAAAUUUGAAGACGAAGCUGCAGAACUGGGACCCAACACACCCAACAGCCACAAAGAGCAAGCAGGAAAAGUACACCAGCCUGCAAAAUCUCAUCCACAAGUGUGUUGUCCUUCUCAGGCAAGAGAGACUAUGACACAGCUUCAAGGAGUAACCCCAGUAAAACUUCUUCGCAAAGAAUUGCGCUAUAUCCCUGCUUCUGAGCUUUCAUCAAGGCGUUCUGGCCUUGCAGUUGGUAUAAAUUCUGUUCCUGCUGAUUCUGCUGAAAUGCCUAGAAAAUCUGACUAUAAUAUAUAAUUAUCCUUGUAAUAUUUUGAAGGCAAUUACACAGUUCCCUUUAUUUCCAGUUUA